UCAACUGUUUUUGUUUAUAACUUUCCCACAGAUUCAACAAAAUGUGACGAUUCCUUGGCCUUCUUCCGCAGAGGACUGCGGGCUUUUACACGUUCCCUUUAAGGUCUGACGCGUCUCUCCAUCUCAACCAAUGUCUUGGCUUAUAAUACUUGGAAGUGCAGUCGCUUAUGUAGUUCUAAACAUACUUUAAAGGGAUGAGUCGUUGCCCCUGCUCCCACCUCCCAACGUCUGCUCACGUCGCUCGUGUUAUCGUCACAUGUCGGCCGAACCCCUAGUCUUAAUAAUGAACUGGACACUUCGAGCAGCUCCUGCUGCGCAUGCGCCCGGUGAGAAAAAAUGAGGUUGGAAGUGAGGUGUCCGUCUUGGAGUAGUCGACUUUUAAAAAGCAUCGGCAGCCCGUGAUAUGACGACUUCGCUGGUCCUGCAUCCAUGCUGGGCGGACACCUUGAUGUACGUGUAUGAAAAAAGUCCGAAUGAAAAUAAUCCACAUAAAAACCAAUCCAUGGAGGGACUGAGCGGGAAUUGCCCUGCGACCCACUGCAGGGAUCUCAUCUCGCACCCGGCUCUUGGCCGUCACUCCGGGAGCAUUGCUACCCACCAGGGCUCCGUUUAUCCCGACCUCCCCUCGCAAGACGCCGGGCGCCAGUGCCCUGCACCGCAAACCUCGUCGAGCGCCUCGCUGGGCUAUGGCUACCCAUUCGGAAGUCCUUACUACGGUUGCCGGCUGUCUCAUUCGCACAACGUCAACCUGCAACAGAAGCCAUGCUCUUAUCACCCCGCUGAAAAGUACACAGAGCCGAGCCCAGCCUUGCCUACCGAGGAACUCUCUAGUCGGGCCAAGGAGUUCGCCUUUUACCCGAGCUUCGCCAGCUCGUACCAAACAGUGCCGGGCUAUUUGGACGUGUCAGUCGUGCCGGGGAUCAGCACGCACCCAGAGCCAAGGCAUGAAACUUUGAUUCCUAUGGACGGCUACCAGCAUUGGGCUUUGUCGAACGGAUGGGAUGGCCAGGUGUAUUGUUCCAAGGAGCAAACUCAGUCGACCCAUCUUUGGAAGUCCCCGUUUCCAGAUGUGGUGCCACUGCAGCCUGAAGUCAGCAGCUACCGCCGAGGUCGCAAGAAGCGCGUCCCCUACACCAAGCUCCAGCUGAAGGAGCUAGAGAAGGAGUACGCGGCCAGCAAGUUCAUUACCAAAGACAAGCGACGGCGGAUCUCCGCCACCACCAACCUCUCCGAGCGACAGGUCACCAUCUGGUUCCAAAACCGUCGCGUGAAAGAGAAGAAAUUCAUCUGUAAAUCGAAGACAAAUGCGCACAUGCAUGCCACCUGAUCAGUGCGCUCUCUUUUCCCCCCCAUCAGCGGCCGCCACAACCGACUCACGCCCCCAAACUUUAUUACCCACACGAACUAAGAAGUAUUUAUAUUUUAUCCGAAAUCAGAUGCGCAUCAUGUCUCUUCAACCGUUUAAUCACCUGGAUUUCAAAAUUGAUAAUCAGAGUGAGUUGAUAACAAAACAGGACAAGUCUCAAAGGGGAAGGUUGAAUGGAAAAUGGCGCAGCGUUGGAUGGCCCUAAGACCCAUUUUGGUGUUUUUGAGUUAUUUCUUUGUCUUCUUCCCAGAAAUAAGAGAUUAAGAGAUUUUCAACAUAUUUGGUGGGAAAGGGGAAAAUCCUCUCAGACAGACGCACAUUGAAAACUUGGCAGUGUGUGUGGAAGGAAGCAAAAUUUCGGAUGGUGUCUCUUGAUAUUUGUGCAAAAGCCAUUUUGGUUCCAGGACUCUGACUUCAAGAGUUAUUGUGUUUUUUUUAAGUGACCGUCUAAUGUCUGGUGCCAAGGGUUGUGGAGGGGGAGGCUGCUAUACGUGGAAUUGUACAGUUACGUGCAUCUAUUAUUUAAGUAAGAGUCUCGAAUGGCAGGGGAUGUAAAUUGCUUAUAUUUUAUGGUUCUCAUCAUUUGUUCUUUGUCAGUGAAGGAUAAUGUCUGUCAUGCAACUGGAAUGAUUAUCAAUUUAAUGAAUAUUAAGAAAAAAAGAGAACUACGUAUUAAUGCACAAUCUCUUAGUUGGUUUAUAUAGCGAGUUGCAUUGCAUUCGAGCCGAUAACCCCUCAUUGUACGCGUUUUUCAUUGGUUCAGUGCAGUAUGUGAACAGUGAUGUGGUGUGUGUUUAAAAAAUGUUACCCAAAAUGGAAAUGUUUCGUAAAUAAAAAUCA